UUUAUUUGUUGAUAAUGAUUGUUCUCAGAUAAAGCUGAACCACGGGAAGUUAUUGGACGGCAUGCUGGAAAUAUGUGGUGUGCCACCAGAGAAAUUCAGAACUAUUUGCUCAAGUAUCGACAAGUUAGACAAACAGUCAUUUGACCAGAUCAGGAAGGAGAUGGUGGAGGAAAAAGGUUUAACUGCUGAGGUGGCCGACCGCAUUGGCAAUUUUGUAAAGGAAAGGGGUCCACCUCUGGAAUUGUUGGCAAAGCUUCAAGACAAGGGGAAAUUUUUGGAAAAUGAAGGAUCUGUACAUGCUCUGGAUGAUUUGGAAAUAUUGUUCAAUGCCUUGGAAAAGUCAAAGAGUAUCAACAGAGUUGUUUUUGACUUGAGUCUUGCCAGAGGUUUUGAUUAUUAUACAGGGGUGAUUUAUGGAGCAGUUUUUAAAGGGGCCACGCGGGUGACUCUUUGCAAGCGCUUCCUACUUAAUAUUUCACGUAUAAGCAAUUUCUGUCUGGCAGUUUUGCUCGUCAAAGAUAGGACAUAG